UUGACUGUGAUGAAAGUCAGUUAAAACUUGUUCAUCUGGAAUUAUGCUUUAUAUUGCUUAAAAACGAAAUGGCCUCAAUCAUGCACUUAUAGGGUGACUCAUUUAACAAGUGUAGUACCUGGCUACGAAAUGGGAUCGUUUGCGGAUUACAUGGGAGAUCAUAUUUGGAUUCCUAUCCUGAUUGCUCUUGGCAUUGCAUUCCUGUUAAUCAUCAUAGUUUGGAUUCUCUGUAAACGCAGGAGAUGGAAUCGCUAUGUGAGUCAGAUUGGCAUAGAAGAGGAUAGAUCAUUAAUUGAGAAAUGGGAUGAAGAGAAAAGACUUCAGAAGAGUGUAGAAAGAGAUGCAGUGUUGCUGAACUGUUAUUACUAUUUAAAGGAUUCCAAAAAGUACAGUUUUAUUGAUCAUCUACCAGAUAUGGGUAGCAGAGUAAAUAAACAAUGGUUCCUUGUAAAGGACAGUAAACAAGCCAUAAAUGCAGUGUUAACAAUGACACCUUGGAGCUCACAAACUGUGAUUGACUUUACCAAGGCCACAAAGAAAACUUUGAAAGAGCUGUUCUCGCUGUUGCAGUUUCCCUACCUCUUUCCAUUGAUGGAUAUUGAUUUUGUAUUUAGUCACAACCUAGUGAUGUUCAUCCAUCCUUACAGAUCUGCUGGAUCACUAAAAGAUCUUAUAUAUGGGUCUCGUCCUCAGUCGUCUUGGGUUGAAAAGUACCAAGCGAGGGGAAAAGCUCUUUCACUCACACAAAUUCGUAAUUUUGGGCGACAAGUCUUAGAGGCGCUGGUUUAUCUGAGAGAUAAAGGCUUCCCAACAUGUGGUCAUGUUCACUCUGGAAAUGUCUUUAUAAUCAAUGGAACAGCUAAGCUCUCUGGCUUUGAAAAUUCUAUGUUUGGCUGGAAAUCAAGGCUUUAUCCCACCAUUAAAAAGCUUAUCAAAAACAGAGACGAUGAUAUUGAAGUUAUUCAGUUUGGACACUUGCUGUAUGAAAUGCUGGCCGGGUGGGAGUUGACCACAGCAGAACCAAGGAGAGAACAGCUAAAAAACUUUAAAAACACCCCAGUUGUGGAGGUUAUCAAUUUUUUAUUCUUUAAUGAGAGCGAAAUGUAUCCAACCCUGGAUGAGCUUUUAGCUCAUUCAUUCUUCCAAGGAGGUGAUGUCAGUGGACUUAAAAAGUUUAACCCUGGUCCAAUCCGAUUUAGUUCAAAUGUGAAACAACUCCUUAAACUAUAUAGGAAUGAUGGCGAAGAAAGACAAAGGAAACGAAAAAUGUCCUCGAGGAAAUCAAAACAAGACGACAGCAAAGCAGUUAAGAAGGAGAAGAGUUCUUCCAAAUCAAAAGCCAAACGCACGUCUGUGGACGAAAAAAGGGUUCCGACCGUCCAGUUCCUGGCCACUUAUCCGCCGAAACCACCUCCACCUCCUGUCCCAAGUGAAGUUCCACCCCCUCCUCGGUUAAAACGUCCAUCAGUGCCUGUAGAAAAAGCUGCACCAAGACCUCCGAGCAGUUCUGGCCGAGGAGCACUCCUGAGUCAAAUCCAAAAAGGUGCAAGGCUUAAAGCGACAAAAACGAACGACAGAAGCGCCCCGCAAGUAUGAGCGGCAGCUGCUGAUUUUAGCCCAGUAUUGAAUGAUGCAGCACAUAAGUUAAUCCUGUACAUGACAAUGAUGCCAUAUUAGACGUGCUAAUAAGUGCAAGGUCUACUCGUGCAGGAGGUGAAAUUGACGGACAAAAGAUACUUUGAGUAGAUCUAUUUUUAAUGUCGUAGAGUAUUGCUAUUAUCAUCGUAUUUCUCAUUGUUGCUAUUUUUUCUCAAAUUCAUUUUGAUCGGUCGUGCCGGAUUUUAAGAGAUUAUAGGGAACUUUCAAGAUCCGUCUUAGACGGUUGAUCUGUAGAAUAACAGCAGCUAGAGUUUAUUAGUACUCAUUAUUACUCGAACUUACUCGAAAAUUUCAUAGAAAGAUUUUGGCAAGCAUUUCAAAUUUAAUAUAUAAUUUCAAAUUAAUAAAUUAUUAACCGGUCACAGCCUCAGCUGUUCUAACAUGAAUAGCGAGAUCGUAAAUCUUAUCUGUCACAAACGUGAACCUAGAAAAGGAAGAGUUCUUUCAUUUGUUCCGUUGCGUGAUUGCGCGUAAUUGUUCUUUCCCAUCAGCUCAAGUAUUUGAGCACGUCACGCAACGUGUGUCUGUGUGACAAGGUUAAACAACGGCUGUACGGAGACUAGUUGGGUAGUGUUUACUAAAUGCCCUUUUUUUUUUAAUUCAGUUACUCUUUUAUCUCUUUUGCUAACCUUAUCCAAAGAAAUUAAGAAACAAUUAUGAAAUACGAUAAAUUUAAUGAUAGAGAGAGAAAGAGUAACGAUUAUCAGUUUUUUUUUUGUAUUGUGAGAUCUAGAAGAUAUUUAUUUGCUAUGUUUAAAAGCUUCGAGUCGCUAUUUAAUUUAUUACAUCCUAAAAGUAGAUUACAAGUAGAUUUAUGCAAUAUAGCGUUAUUGAUGCGUGACGUAAUAAUUUACUAGGAAAAUGGAAUUUGAAGCCUUUGUUACUUCCCUUGCUAUGCUAAGUUAUUCGCUUUUCUCGUAUAGAAAGAUCUUUUGCAGUUAUUAUUUUUUUAAAAGAAGAGGAAAAAGGAAUACUGAAUUGGUUUAACAAUAGUUUUUACAUGUUUUUAUAAUCUUCAAAUUAUCAGUAUUAACAAAUUCUUUGAUAUGCAAUAGGAUGAGUUUUAAAAUAAAACUUGUUAGGAUCGAAUCAUUCUCAUAACUGACCCUCUCGUGUACUGCAAUAAAAUAACGGAAAAAAGAUAAUAUUUUUCUGAUGCUUCAAUUUUUGUACGGUUUUAUCCUUCUACGUCAUUAGAGUGUAACCAAAAAUGUUUUAGAGAAGUUACUAUAUUUGCUGACAGAUAAGGAACAAACGUGUCUUCCAGAUCUGAGGCAGCAUGUUAUUACAAGAAAGAAAAAUUUUCGAAAUUAAGCAGGGAUGAACGGACUCCAAAGAAUUUACUCGUAGGGUAUUUAUUACGCUUUGCCAUUACUAAUUAUUUUACGACUGUCAAGAUCUUAAGCUAUUAACUGAAGAAAAUAUAUUCGACACAGUGAUAAUUAUUUUGUCUAAUUUUACACUUCAAUUUACACAAAAUCGUUAAAAACAUAUUACAGAGAGAAGGACCACUGCUUUUUCAUCAAUCAGUAUCCACUCUGAUUUAAAUUAAACGAAAACAGACAAGCAUAGAUCAUAGAGAAUGGAGAGCAGAAAUAAUAAG